CUGGCUCACGCGAGCUGGGUGUUUCCUGCCUGUUUCAGUCCGGGUUUGGAGACUCCGGAGUCCUCCAACUUUUCAUGGAAGAGAUGUCAGGAGAAAGUGUGGUGAGCUCAGCGGUGCCAGCAGCUGCUACCCGCACCACUUCCUUCAAGGGCGCAAGCCCCAGCUCCAAGUAUGUGAAGCUGAACGUGGGCGGCGCCCUCUACUACACCACCAUGCAGACGCUGACCAAGCAGGACACCAUGCUGAAAGCCAUGUUCAGCGGGCGCAUGGAAGUGCUCACCGACAGUGAAGGCUGGAUCCUCAUUGACCGCUGCGGGAAGCACUUCGGUACGAUACUCAACUACCUUCGUGACGGGGCCGUCCCCUUGCCCGAGAGCCGCCGGGAGAUCGAGGAGCUGCUCGCAGAAGCCAAGUACUACCUGGUCCAGGGCCUGGUGGAAGAGUGCCAGGCAGCCCUGCAACAGAACAAAGAUGCUUAUGAGCCUUUCUGCAAAGUUCCUGUUAUCACCUCAUCCAAAGAAGAACAGAAACUUAUAGCGACGUCAAAUAAGCCAGCCGUGAAGUUGCUCUACAACAGAAGUAACAACAAAUACUCCUACACCAGCAACUCCGACGACAAUAUGUUGAAAAACAUUGAACUUUUUGACAAGCUCUCUCUGCGCUUUAACGGAAGGGUCCUGUUCAUAAAGGACGUCAUUGGGGACGAGAUCUGCUGCUGGUCCUUCUACGGCCAGGGCCGGAAGAUCGCCGAAGUCUGCUGCACCUCCAUCGUCUACGCCACAGAGAAGAAACAGACCAAGGUGGAGUUCCCUGAAGCUCGGAUUUAUGAGGAGACCCUGAACAUCCUGCUGUACGAGGCCCAGGACGGGCGGGGACCUGACAAUGCGCUCCUGGAGGCCACAGGCGGUGCGGCAGGGCGCUCCCACCACCUGGACGAAGAUGAGGAGCGGGAGCGGGAGCGCAUCGAGCGCGUGCGGCGGAUCCACAUCAAGCGGCCUGACGACCGCGCCCACCUGCACCAGUGAGCAGGCAGCCGGCGCACCCCCCUCCCGCCAUCCUCCCCCCUGCUCUACACUCAGAGCCUGUGCGGGCUCCGGGCGCCUUCCACUCCCCCCUGGAGUCUAGAGAUACUUUUGUAAUAGCCAGAUGAUUAUUUUGAUACUUUUCGACAAGGUGAAUUGGUUUUUACCCAGGUGGAUGCUCCCCUGCUGCUGACAAGCUGUGUCCCAGGGUCCUGCUCUGUGUGGGAGCCUUGGAGCUGGGCUCUCAAAGGAAAAGUGCGAAUGAGUGUGAAGUGUACGUGAGAACUUCUGUUUGCAGUAUUUAUUUUUGUGGAUGUUGACUACCUGUUUGAGCUUCUUGGGUUCGGUUGACAGCUGUGAGAGGGAUCCUGCGGCUGCUGGCCACCAGGGGCGUCGUCAGGUUGCGUCUUUCACGUCCUCCCGCCUGGCGCACUGCCCCCGAGUCCCGUGCACUGCGCCGGGCUCAGGUUCCAGACUGGCUUUGCUCGAAGUCCGUCCCGCAGCAGGAUUUCGUGCCCAGAGCUUGCUGGUGAAUAACUGCAGCCGUGCGGACGGGACCUGGUGUGCUUUGUGCCUCCACACUGUUGUCCCUGUGUAGCUCCGGGUGCCUGGCUCUGUGUGAGGGGCAAGCCUGUGGCGGCCUCGGCUGGUCUGUGCUCUGGCGCUCGGUGGGCCCCCACGCAUCUGGCGGAGGACAGAGCUGUCCCUGGGGGUGAGUGCUCAGCUCCAUGCCUGGCUCCUCCCCCUUCCGACUGCUCUCCUUGCAGACUCACUGCAUUCCAGGAAGGCCCUCUGGCCUGGCUACCAGCAUAGCUGACCAGCCGAGGGACCCAUUUUCCCUCAGCCUCCUUCCCUGUCAAGCUGAGCUCAGUGCUGCAAGGAGAUGUCCUGCCCUUUGCUCAGAAACUCAGGGUGGCCCUGCCACUCCCACCAGCAGCCUCAGGGCAGUGUGCCUGCUGUAAACGGAGCCGGCACCUGGCAAUUGAUUACCUUUUGGUCUUUGCCUCUGACUUGGACACAGCACGGGGUGGCCACCAGUGAGAGGCUGUGCAGAUCCCUUCGGGUCCAGUUAGUGUUGGUGUUCAGGUGUUUAAGGGACGUGUGUGAAUGUGACGGGGAUGUGUGCUCGUGGGGAGCUCGCUGGUGCUCGGCGGGGUGGGCGUUCUCGGUUACCUACCUCCCAGUCUCCUCUGCGCCUGUCACGGGACAGGAAUGAGUUGUGACGAACACGCGAGGGUGAGACUAGACUCGGUAGAGUAGUUACAAGGUGAGGGAAUGUGUACGUGGUGGUGGAUGGACCGUGCCUGCUUUCCAAGGGAGGUGUUACUGUUCAUACCAAAGGUAUUAAUACGGGCAGCCGCCAACACAGUGUAUUCCAAAAAAACGAGUUUAUAUUUUGAAAUGGUUUUUACAGCUUCGACUGUGUUCGUUCUGCCCUCCUCGAGACAGCUGUAUGCCUUUAUUUUUGUACCCAGCAGCAAAGCCUCCAAUAACCUUUAAAACAAUCGUGACGGAACCCAAAGUGGGCAGGUGCCUUUAAACUGCUCUGUGGGGAACCUUCACGUGCGGCCACUUGGGUUUUCCUACCUGCUAAGGAAAGGGGCACGCAAAAAACGUUUCUUAAAUAUUUUAUACUGUUUGGGUUGAACUUUUUUAGAAAGUCAAAAUGAAUGUCAGUUCUGAUGUUUUCUGUGGGAAUGGAAAAGCCAUCAAAUAUCUUGUUUUUUAAAAAUGUUUACGAAGAGUCCGUUCGUGGAACAAUCUGAUCUGUUUGGGCUUCUGCUCCUCGCGACCUAAUGUUUCUGGCAGUCCCUCCCCCCCUCUUCGCUUUCCUUCCAACUUUGCACUUACAGUUUCGAGUCUCUGCUUCCCUGGGCUACGAGUGGUCCCGAAAACAUUCCAGGUCAAGGACGUGGCCUCCAGCCUUGAGCCGACAGCACGGGCUGGCCCGCUGCCGUCCGGUAUGUUCUGCAAGGAACCGGUCUUUCCUAGGUUGGCACGGGGGGUGGCGCACGGAAGUCAGUAUUACACUUAAGAACCAUCCCAGGAAGCACUGGCCUAAGAUUUGGUAAAGAGUACAACUUUAUUACAUUGUAAUAGCUCACAAAUAGAGUGGAACCGCUUUUGGUCCCCCAUAAUCACGUUUCCUCAAACAUGCCACCUGCUGGUGGUGACGGGGCCUGUGCCGUCCCUGGCGCAGCUGCUGCUGUUGCCCUCCUGCAGGGGCUCCGCCCUCUCUCUAGUCGGGUGUGCUCGCCCCCACAGCGGCCAUUCGGGGCGCGAGGCCUCGGCCGGACUGCGCGCCCCCGUGUCACUAACCCGUUUCCUUGUGCUGAAAAGAUGCUGUACACUUUCGAUGCAGUCACUGUUGUUGUUGUUGUACGAGCAUUUGUGGACACGUGUAAAAUAA